AGUGGAGGGAAGGACGUUGGCACCAGCAGCUACAUGUGACAGGACAUACUACUCUAUUUAUAACAGCUGAGUGCAAGAGCCCAGUCUGACAUAUGCAAGGACAGAUGGACAUCAUAACUGAAAUGUCCCUGCAGGGAAAAAGCACUGACACCUUCAAACUGGAAUAUUUGUCCUUCUGCAACAGGUUGAAGAGCAUGUGAGGGAUCAGAAUGGAUGACUUAGAUCACAGCAUUCACAUCUCAGAGUACGACUGGACCAGCUUUUAUGAGGAAUGUGAGGAGUGCGACCUGCUGCAGGCUUUGCUCGCCUGCCCCGAUGACGCCAGCCUCAGCGAUUCAGAGACUUCAGAAGACUCGGUCUUCUCCGCGGGCUGGCAGGAGACUCAGCAGAGGCCUGACGCAACCAGUGGAAGAGCUGAACGCGGCGCUGCAGGACGCCCCACUGAGCAAGAGAGCGCCGUUUGCUUGGAGCUGUCAGUGCAGCUUAACCAAAGUGGUACGAGAGGACGAGGAGAAGAGGCUGCAACGAAACCUGAAGAGGGCAACACAUCACACGAGGAAAUACGUCUUGAUUGUUCUGGAGGAAACACCAUCAGUACAGAAGAGGUGUGUGUGAAGGCUGCAGAAGACACCAAAGAAGAAGAGACGAGCAUCAUUGUUACAAACACGCUGCAAAUUGAAUCUGUGAAUGAUCAGAAUUCAGGAGAAUCAGACAAGUUGGCAAAAGAUGGAGGUGUGCAGGCAGAGAGCGGCCUCAAAGCCACAGAGGAGCCUGACCUACUUUCCCGCAACCAAACAGGCCUCAGUGUGAAAGACGCAGGCACUACAGAGAGAGCUGUCAGGGAGGAUGAAAGCGGCGCGUCUCUACGAGCGGAGAAGGAGCGCUGGUUCGUGACAAUGAGCGUCAGUCCUGCACGACAGAGGAAAAAAAAACUACGACAAAAAAAAACUUGUGAGGGAGAUAAGAACUCAGGUGAUAAAAGGAAACCUGAAAGACGUAAGGAUACGCAGUUCAAACAAAAAAAAUCAGUAAACGCCGAGAUCCUCCAGCUUGGAGUCAUUUCAGGUUCAACGCAAACGGCUUCCACUUCAAGCGAAUUAGACACCUCAUCAACACAAAUGAAAACCACUCAUCCACCCAACGAACCGAGCACUGAGCCGAGGGUGGAUGGACGUUCAGAACCCACAUCACCAGACACAUUCGGAGAGGUGGAGAGCGUGGAGUCCGACGAGCUCGUGGAGAACGCCGACUUCUUCUCCGUCCACAGUUACGAUUCUGAGAGCUAUUUGUCGGCUGCUGAAUCAGUGGAGGAGCCUCAGCGUCUUCUUCACGAGCCCCUCACGACGAAGCAACAGCUGGGCUGCUCAUUAUCUCUGACGCACGUGUUCGGCCUGACCGAGAACACCGACGCCGAGCGCACGCGGGACGAUGAUGGCGCUCUCUCCGGGAACGCAACAGCUCCCAACUGUGAAGCUUAUGAAAGCGCCGGCGCUGAGCCUUCCUUGACAUUUCCAUCUGCUGCUCAAGCAGCUACCACAACGCCAGAUGACAGCCCGACACGCGGCGACGACGCACACAGCGCGUUGCUCUACACGCCCUCAGACACAACUGGACCCCAUAAACACAACAUGAAUCUGUCAGAGUGCGGUUGGUCUCGGGAAGAUGAGCUCAGUCCUCCCCCCGUCCCCGAUUUAAUGAUCACGCCUUGCUCUGAGGCAGACAGCCCCGAAACGUUCGCCCAGGCCACAGGCCAAACUCGACCCGUGUACGCCAUUUCUGCCUUCUGGGACGAAAUGGAAAAACUGACCAUAAAUGACAUUUUGCAGCUCAAGAUGGGCUCGAGCACGCCGAGCAGAGAAACACAAGGAGCGGCGACUCCCAACGCGGACGCCGCUCCAGCGAAUCUCAGCCCUCUGCUCGACAGCGGUGAGUACGACACGUCCGACAGCGCCCUGAUGGACACAUCCGACGCCGCGGACUCAGACUACUACACGCAGACCGACGACUCCAAGCCAGAUCACUCCAGCUGCGAUUUCUCCACCUCGGAUUUUGAAGAGGAGUACUGGCACUUCAUCAGCGCCAGUCGGAACCCCAGCCCCGACCCCGACAGCAAGAGACGGCAAAGCAGAAAUGACUCUUUGCUCUCUCGUGACCUGGAGUCCACAAGCUCCGAGGGGAAGGAAACACCCGUGCCCUCGGAGGAGAACUUUGACGAACAAUGUUCUGACGAUCAAGAGAUCCACACUCGCACUUCCGGUGAACCUCCGUCGCCGAGAGGGCUGACAAAAAGCAAAAGUAUGCACAAUGUAAAAGCUCUCCACAGAGAAGGUUUCUUGCUGUCAUCUUUACUCGGUAGUGACGAGAGCAGUCUGUUGCUCAGCUGUAAACCUCUAGAGGAAAACACCAUUUUGAAAAUGAGCGACACCCUGGGAACACCAACUUCAUCCAGCACAGGCUUGAUAGACUCCCAUUACCAAAUAUCUUUCCCAGAGGUGUUUGAAUACUUUUUCACGGAAGACAAAGCAAACACAGAGUCCCUGUGUGUCACCAUCUAUGAUCCAGAGAACAUCUCAGUGGCUCCUGCCUUUGAAGACACUCUUUGCACACGUAGAGAUGAAUGUUCUCUCUACUGCACCGAUGAGAAGCCCAUCCCCAUCUUCUCCUGUUCUCAUCCCACCGUCAGAGAACUCACGCUCCCGAAAGCAGACCGCGUUUUCCUGAGAUCAAACUGCGAGGGAGUCGAAGACGUCUCGCCCUUCAGGGUCGUGUCUCACUCCUUUAUCCGGGCCGAUCAGUGGAGAUACGCGACAGCGGUCGGCGGCGGCGGACCUCACGGUUGGAAGAGUUUGCUGGCGUUGAGGAAGAUUCGCUUCCAGGACAAAGGCAGCAUCUGGUACAGGAGUUCUGGUGGCUGGGGGCCUCCCGUCGAGUCGCGGGGCGUUUUGACGAGGAGAGAGGAUGCGGCCGUCUUCAGUGGGGGAAGAGUGCGCCCAGUUUCUUCUCUAGUGGUUGCAGAGCUAGAAGAGCAGCAGAGACUUUUGGAAAGUGUAUGGACGCCAAAACGAGAGGGCAUCUUCUCCACACUGAAGCAGGCAGAUAUGUGUUUAGUGUGCAUUGCCUUUGCCUCCUGGGUGCUAAGAUCCUCUGAUCCUGACGCUGCUGAUACCUGGAAAGCAGCUCUGCUAGCGAAUGUGAGCGCGCUGUCGGCUAUCCAGUACCUGCGGCAGUAUGUGAAGAAGACGACGCCUCCUCGAGAUGAACCCUGAAGUUGCGUCCAAAACACAUCACGGGCCCAUUCGUAAAAAUAUAUCUGCUGUGUAUAUCUAUCUGCUAAGUAUCUACAGCUUCAGUGCAGCGUGUAGUGGCAGGAGUUCAGCAAAGUUGUUUUCAGCCUGAAACUGGGUGGUGAGGUGAAAACGUCUGAUAUACAUAUCUCAUUCCUUAGUGUCAUAUAGCUCCAUCAAUAAGCCGCCCUGGUUACCUCAUUACAGUGAAAUGUGUGGAAGCUAUCCUACGAGUACACAGUAGUGCACCAAAUCCCCGACAGAUGAACGAUUCCCUCCUAAAAAGUAACAUCAUCAUCAUUAGGAGCCAAGUGGGGAGGUACUGGGAGACGCAAACGCUGCGAAGUCAGAAAGUACAGAGAAAUGCACUGAAAGAUUAGGAUUUGUAUUGCCAGCCUUACCCUUUAAGAAGUGACUAAAGUUUUACCAGCUACUAAUAUGUGGACCAUACUGUACAGUAAGCCAUUUUAGUUUUUUAGCACAGUUGCCACUUUUUAAAUGUCCUGUUUUGCUCCAAACAUAGUUUUGUAGGCACACACAGCUGCAUGUGUAACGGAAACUGUAACAGCAGCGUGUAGGUGACAGUUGCAGAGUACGUGGGAUGUCUGUGAAGAGGAUGAAAAUGGGACAAAAGCCUAAAAGGAAGUAGUGUUGUAGAUGUUGCUCUUGUUUGGAUGUGUGGCACGUCGUAAAAAAAGAUUAAGCAAGUAACUGUUGCAGCUGUGUGAGACAAAAAAAAAAGCUUCAUCAAAGGAAGCUGAUCUCUUUUUUUUUUUUUUUUUUGCUUAUUGCUCUUUUACAAAUAGA